AUGAAGGAGGAGAUUCAGAUUCAACGUCAGCUGGCGCAUGACAAUACCGUGCCGCUGCUCUACGCCGCGGAAACUCCUUCAGAGGUUCUGCUGGUUAUGCCAUUUGCAGCUGGAGGCGAUCUCCACGCGGCCCUGGGACCGCGGGGGAUGCUAGCCGAGAAGCAGGCAGCCAGGUUGUGUGGGCAACUCCUGGAAGGCCUUCGCUAUCUUCACGAGGACCUGUUCAUUUUGCAUGGCGACGUGAAGCCGCGCAACAUAUUUCUGGUUCCUACCGGGUCAGGGUUAGUCGCGCAGCUGGGCGACUUCGGCCUUGCACGAGAGUGCCCUCGAAAGGCACCCUUCCUCUGCCGCUUUACUGGGCUACAAGGCUCUCAUGGUUACAUGGCGCCGGAGAUCCUUUCCGAACAGGAUUAUGGGAGACCGGUGGACGUGUUUGCCCUGGGAGUGAUCAUCUUUACGCUCCUGGCUGGAUACGAACCCUUCUAUCCUCCCUCCAAUGUAACCGCCCCGCUGGAGUUUGAUCCACCGUCGUGGGAACCAUUGAGCAAGGAGUCGGCUGAGUUUGUGACAGACUCGCUGAGACUGGUGGCCGAGGAGCGACUGAGCUCCAAUGCGGCGCAGAACCACAAGUGGCUGCAGAUGGACGAGAGCUUUGCUGAAAUCCCCUCGCUAAAGUCUCAGCCCUCGAGAAGACAAGACGCCGAUUUUAGAGACGGGUUUUCUGCUGAGGCAGCCUGGACACGUGCAGCUCACGUUUCUCCGGCCAGGAGAUGUGCAGCAGGCCGGUGCAUCCCGCAGGUGAUCGGGUUUGGGUGUUACUGUUAA